AAAAAACAAAAGAAAAAAAAAAAGACCCUCCCCUUUGGGCUCGUAUCAGCGGUCAAUUCCGUCACUGCAAAGUACAAGCACAGUACACUCUUUGUUUUGAAAAGCCGAUAGCUUUCUCGGACUUCGAAUCCACCCGAAAUACGAUCCUAUAACGUUCACUUCGCCUGAGAAAGAAACCUGCUGGUUCCCGCUCUCGCGGGCUCCCACAAAUACCAUGGACGGCCGUCUGGGUGCGAUUUUUGGCAGACGGCAACAACACGACGCCGGGCAGAUCCUGCUCGAGCUUCUCGAAGACCCCUUUUCCAGCCAGAUUGUAUCUACUUCCUUCUGGGCCGCUCUAGGCACCUCGCUAGGCUUCACUGCCGGUAUAGCCCUCGCGUUCUCCUUCCUCCGGCCUUACAACCAAGCAGUGUAUGCUCCCAAACUCAAGCAUGCCGACGAAAAGCACGCUCCUCCGCCCCUGGGCCGCCGGCCUUGGUCGUGGCUUCCCCCUUUGUGGUCCACCUCCGAGUACGACCUUAUUCAAAAUGCCGGCAUGGACGCCGCCAUCUUCCUGCGUUUUAUCGGCAUGCUCCGCAACAUGUUCCUUGUCCUCUCUCUCUUCGUCCUCGCCGUUUUGAUUCCCGUCAACCUCACUCAGGCCGACGAGAUCGGUAGCGGCCGGACCUGGAUCGCCAGGCUGACCCCGGCGCUCGUCUGGGGAGAGGGUCAGUGGAGCCAGGUCGCCAUCGCUUACAUCAUGAAUACUACCGUCAUGUUUUUCCUGUGGUGGAACUAUAGGAAAGUCCUCCACUUGCGCCGCCGCUAUUUCGAGAGCGAGGAGUACCAGAAUAGUCUGCAUUCCCGGACCUUGAUGAUGUACGAUAUUCCCAAGGAGAGGUGUUCCGACGAGGGCAUCGCCCGGACCAUCGACGAGAUCGUUCCCAAUUCCUCCUUCUCCCGCACCGCCAUUGCCCGCAAUGUGAAGGACCUGCCCAAGCUCAUCGCCGAGCACGACCGCAUUGUCCGCAAGCUCGAGUCGGUCCUAGCCAAGUACAUGAAGAACCCCGAUCAGCUGCCCCCCGAGCGGCCCACCUGCCGCCCGUCCAAGAAGGACCCGGCCUACGAAACCUACCCCAGUGACCAGAAGGUCGACGCCAUCGAAUACCUGACGAACCGCAUCAAACAGCUCGAGGUGGAGAUCAAGGAGGUGCGCAAGACGGUUGACAAGCGCAGCACCAUGCCGUACGGGUUCGCCAGCUACGCCGACAUCACCGAGGCGCACAACAUCGCCUACGCCUGCCGCAAGAAGCACCCGGUGGGCGCUACCAUCCGCCUGGCGCCCCGUCCCAACGACAUCAUCUGGAACAACCUGCCUCUGGAUGCCAGCACCCGCAGCCGGAGGCGCGUGAUCAACAACCUGUGGAUCCUGCUGCUGACGGUGGUGUGGAUCGUGCCCAACGCCAUGAUCGCCAUUUUCCUCGUCAACCUGAGCAACCUGGGCCGCGUGUUUCCCGACUUCCAGCCGGUCCUGGAAGGGAACCCGACGCUCUGGGGUUUCGUGCAGGGUAUCUUGUCCCCGGCCAUCACCUCCCUCGUCUUCCUGGUGCUGCCCACCAUCUUCCGUCGCUUGUCGAUGAAGGCCGGCGACCAGACCAAGACGGGCCGAGAGAGACACGUGCUGGGCAAGCUCUACGCCUUCUUCGUGUUCAACAACCUGGUCGUGUUCUCCCUCUUCGGUUCGGCGUGGAAGUUCGUGGCUGGGGUCAUCAACCGGACCAACAAGGGCGAGGACGCGUGGAGGGCCAUCCAGGAGGAGGACAUCGGGUCGACGCUCUUCAUCGCACUGUGCGACAUCAGCCCCUUCUUCGUCUCGUGGCUGCUGCAGAGACAGCUGGGUGCGGCCAUCGACCUGGCGCAGCUGUGGACGCUCAUUUACAGCUUCUUCGUGCGCAAGUUCUCCAGCCCGACGCCGCGCGAACUGAUCGAGCUCACGGCGCCGCCCACGUUCAACUACGCGUCCUACUACAACUACUUCCUGUUCUACACCACCAUCGCGCUCUGCUUCGCCGGCAUCCAGCCGCUCGCCAUCCCCGCCGUGGCCCUGUACUUCGGCAUCGACGUGUGGCUGAAGAAGUAUCUGCUGAUGUACAUCUUCGUGACCAAGAACGAGUCGGGCGGCAUGUUCUGGCGUGCGCUGUUCAACCGGGUGGUAUUCGCGACCGUCCUCGGCGACCUCGUCUUCUUCCUGACGACGUGGGUGCGCGGCGAGGGCUUCAUCCGGAGGCACGCGCUGACGGUGGCGCCGCUGCCGUUCGUGAUGAUCCUGUUCAAGUUUUUGUGCGCACGGCAGUUCGACGACAAGGCCAAGUACUACUCGACGCGCAACGUGGCGAAACACCCGGAGGAGAGCAUGAAGGACCACCGGCUGCGCAGCGAGCGGCUGGCGUCGCGGUUUGGGCACCCGGCGCUGUACAAGCCGCUCAUCACGCCCAUGGUGCACCAGAAGGCGCAGGCGACGCUGCACAUCGUGUACAAGGGCCGGGUGUCGGACGGACGCGACGCCGGCGGCGCGGCCGACGACAUAAUGAGCGUGUCGGGCUACUCGGACAUGUACGCGCUGGACGCGAUGGCGGCGGGCAAACCGGGCAAGCAGGCGCAGGCAGCCGGCGUGCCCGGGUUCGAGUUUGUGUCGGAGGCGCAGAUGGACUUUGAGUACUACAAGAACCGGCCCGAGUUUGCGGAUGAGUACGGUGGGACGCAGGGCGACCAGCUCGGAGGACGUAACCUGGACCUCAUGCGACCCGGCUCGCCAGGCUCUGCGGCGGAGGGCGGCGACUCGGACUACUCGCGACCCGGGACGCCGACGACGACGGUGGCGGGCGGCAUGACGGGGCGGCGUGUGCUGCAGAAGGCGAGCACGGACAACUUUACGGCCUAUCGUCCUCCGCACUCGACGUCGGGAUACAACUCGGGCAGGUCUUCCCCCGGCAUCGUCUCGCCGGCGCCCUUCGUGCCGGCGCAACUUGGAACGCCGAUGGGCACGGACCGGACCCGCAGCCCGCUCUAUGGGCUGAACAACAGCAGCGAGACGGCGUUGGUGCAGGACGCCGCGAGGAUGGGGACGGUGACGCCGGCCUACGGCAUGGCGGCGGCGGGUCGUCGGGAGCCCAGCGUGGACAGCUACCGACGACAGAACACGACCACGCCGGGUCCCAGCACGGGGGCUCUCGGGGGCGGACCUCAGGGGUAUAGUGGACUCCCGCAGGUGGAGUUUGGCGAGAGCCCGUCGGAGUUGCAAGACCCCACCCAGGUCGACUAUUUCCGACACGGACGGCCCCGACGGCAGGGAUCUGGGUGGUAGACUACUCAAUUGCUAGUCGGGGUUUUUUCUUCUUGUUCUUUUUUUGCCGCAUUCGCACGGCGUUUUUGGAGUUUGGAGUCUGAGGGAAGACAGAUUUGGGCGCUUCUUCGUUGUGCUGGCGUCGGGGCCAGAUGUGUGGCUCAUCUCGCUGCAUGGUCUACGUUGGAUCUAGAGUCAGAUAUACUUUCAUCUGGGCAAGGAUUCUCUCAAUGGCAUUUUAGAACGCCGCAAAAACAGGCGACUAUAGACUCCAUUGGGCUCGAUCUGGACAUACGACACGGGAGGCCAGGCCCCUUCCAGGCAUUGUGUGAGGCAGGUUUUGAGAUGUCAGAUAAGAACAUUUUAAUGCGAUACAACAUCUUUUCUUGUUGGUG